AUGGUUGCUGCCUUCCGUUACCGCGAUGGUGCCUACUUAGUGUUGGAGUAUGCCCACAAGGGUGAUCUGCACAACAUUCUGGUUGGUGCUGGGAAGCUUGAAGAGGACGUGGUCCGCUUCCUUGUGGGAGAGGUGGUCGCAGCGCUGUGUGCGAUACACGAUAUAGGUUUCAUGUACGGUGAUCUGAAGCCAGAGAACGUAGUCGUCACUUCCUCGAAUCAUGCGAAGCUAACAGACUUCGGCGGGUGUCGUCCUAUCACGGACGAGGUGCCUCUGGUCCGAGGGGAUUCGCUGGGCCGCCGGGAGAGCCACGAACAAAGAGCCCCGGUCUACACGCUUGAUGGCAACCGGGGCGGUUAUUCGUCCACGAGCAUGCGAUGUCACGACUUCAACCCAGACUCAGACGGACCGAAGACCACUCUGCAAGCUGGGUCCUCCUUUGAUGUGACUUGGACCAUGGAGGCAGGACACCCUGGCGACUGCUACUUCUAUAUCAGCUACGAUCCCGAUCCCAGCAAUGUGGUCAACUUCUUCAAAAUUGCUGCAAUCCCGGGCUGUGGUGCACCGGAUGGUCUAAACAUCCCGUCCUCUGUGAGCACUUCGGUUCUCCUUCCCGCAGAACUGCCGGCCUGCGAGCACUGCGUGCUGCGCUGGGAGUGGACCGGGCAUCAGCAGGUGGUCAAUAUCGAAUUCUAUGUCCAGUGUGCGGACAUCAAGAUCACCAGCAGCGCUCAACCUGUGCUGCCUUCACCAGUGACGCCGAUCUCGGGCAUUGAGCAUCUGCCACAAGGUGCUGAAGGAUACCGCAAGGUAUACAACGGUCAGGGCCCAGAGGAGCAGUACCUCGUUGGACCCGCCAUAGCGACCUACAGCUCCUGCGACGCGAACACGCCAGGUUGCCUCGGCUUGGGAAUAGUGCCGAUUCCGACUGACUCCACAUCACCAUCUGCCGCGACCUCCACGACAUCGGAGACUUCAGUUGUCACCUCGCCCUCCGACGCAGGAUGCACAUGCACUUCGAGCACUGAAUGGACUGGGGACUUCAGCCAGUAUGCUUCGGAUCAGGACUUCUGCAGCCAGAACUUCGGCGGCUCCAACCCUUGGAUAUCUGCCGGUGGCGGCCCUGGGACCUCUGGUGGAUUCAGCGGAGCCGGCCCUUGCACCUCUGGACAAUACAACUUCCAGGAGGAUGGCAGCUGGCACAUCUUGGCCGGACAGGAAGAUGCUUUGGGCGUGAUGCCCUAUCGAGCUUUCGCAUAUGCCCAGUUCUGCAAUGGCAAAGCAUAUUCCGAGUGCUGGACCACUGGCGAAGCUGCCUUUAGCUUCUCUUUGAUGGUUCGUGGUGUGAGCCAGACUGGAGCCUUCGUGAAAGUGCUGUUUUGGACCGACUCGGGCAACAUCCUGGGGCUGGUGCCUCCAAGUCAUCCGAAAGGUGAAGGUAAGCUCCGACUCGUUGCCUUCAUGACCGAUGACUAUCCGAAUUCCUGGGACUUUGAGCUGGAGAUCUCUGAGUCUACAUGGUACCAUAUCCAGGUUGCUUUCCAAGCGUCGACAGGUGCUGCAGAGGUCUCCGUGAAUGGCGUGGUCUUGGGUUCAGGAACCUUGCCAGUCAACAUGCUUGCAGCGACCACCGGACCGCAAAUUGGAAUUUACUCCUUUGACUACGGGACGAGCUGGCCUGCCGUCACUUCAAUGCCCUGGGCCUUGCUGUUUUCUGAGAUCCUCCAGGGCCAGAAGGCGGAUGUGGAGUUGCUCAAUACGGCUCCCACCCCUUUCGUGCAGCCGGCGGCGCUCUUGCAGGGAUGGCCAUGGACAUCCACGGCGGCCUCUUCUUCAAUUCGUCUUGCGUGUUGGUGUCUACUACUGAAGACGGGCAUCGCAUUGCCCAACACCUUCACCUUUGCUGAGGAGCCGAUCCAGGAGUUUCACUACUUUGCUGAGAAUUCAGAUUGUGGGCUGAACUUGACUGGAGGCACAAAAUUCGAGCAGCCCGACUUCCCCUUGGAUUACACGAUCCUCGACAACACCUACUACCAGAACACUGGCAGUGAGCUGCCUGGGAAGAUCGGAGCUGGGAGUCACCCCUUGCUGGCCGCAGCAGAGCGGCACUUCUCCGGAGCCGGUGGCACCGCGCAGGCCACUGAGGCUUCCUUUUCUCCAGUUUUCCACGCCUUCGGGAUCCACGUGUUCUUCUUCGAGUUUCUCCUCUACCUCGGGAACCAGAUUCAGGGCCCCCUCGAUUACCACUUCCUCUUCUACCUCCUCGACGGAGACAUGGCGUCGUCUUCCAGUUCGGGACCUGGCACCGGAGGCAUCCCUCUUCACGAGUUCAGACGGGAAGUUCCUCCAGGAUGGGGACCGGGCAUACCAGACUACCCCCUUCGCUUGUUCUUCGAGAGACUCAAGCUUUGGUACCAGGUCUAUGACGGCGACGACUCCAUGGCUUCCGAGGCCAGAUGUGGCGUGGACGUAGGAGGAGAUGCGCUUGCACGCCUCACCGUCGACGAGGUCAGAGAUCCCAAUGACCCGACGGUGGUUCUUCAAAGGCAUGUGCCAUCCGGCAUCCAAGCACUGUGCAACGCGCUGAAGGACGCCUUUGGCGUCUCGGACCAGGAGCUGGUUUCAAGGUCGAUCGAGGAGUUCUUCGAGCACCGCCGAGGGAAGUUGAGCUUCCAAGAGUACUCGAUAGAGUGGGACUGCAAGCUUGAGGAGGCCACAACCAGAGCAGGGCUUCAGAUCAACGACGUGGCGAAGUUUUACCUGUUCUUCCGUGGCUCAGGUUUACCGGCUAAGUUCAUCGAGGACAUCAAGCUGCAGCUCCAGGGCGACCUUCGCCUCUUCAGAGAGGCUCGAGCUCUGGCUCUUCGGCUUAUCAGCCGCAAGGACGACAUCGGCGGCAACGACAGCUACUACGAGCACGAGCACGAGGCCGUCGAUGAGCUCCAGGAGUGGUACGCCGACGAGUGGGACUGGGAGACAUCUGAUUGGGAGCAGCCGUGGGAUACGGCGGCUUGGUACGAGGAAGGCUGGUCUUGGGUUCCGGACUACGACAACUACCUCUCCGAGUACGAGGAAGAAGCCUGGCCCGCAGAUGGCCAAGCAGAGGAACCACCUCCGGAAACAGAUGCAGAACAUCCAGCCUAUCACGGCGAAAGUUCCCCUGGUCACUCGGGCGCUGCCACGGCUGAGAGCUACCCCAUGCACAAGGGCAAGGGCAAGGGCAAACCAACGGGAUGUUCGAUUUGCGGCUCUCGUUGGCACCACGCUUCCUCUUGCCCGGUGGCUGAUGGCAAGGAAGGUGGCUACGGCGGUGGCUACGGCAAGAAGGGCAAGAGUCGCGGCAAGGGCAGCGGUAAAGGCAAAUGGGUUCCGCAAGGCAAGGGCUUCCGGGGAAAGAAAGGUGCCAGCUGGAGUUCUCCCUACUUCGGCUUCGCCAGGAACGAGAAGACGUUGCACCGGAGCUUUGAUUCGGAAAAGCCUUUCGAGACACCUCCUCGCAAAACCGUGCACUUCCAGAUGGACCGCGAUGAUGAGGAGCCUAUCCUUCCCAGGAGUCGUCCACGAGCAGGCAAUGGUGACGCUGCUCAAGAUGCCUCGGAGGACAAUGCAGUUCCUGCCUUGCCGGAAAAGAAGCUUGCGUUCAACUUUGCCAGCUCCAUCUACAGCACAGAGACCUACCACACCAUCCUCGGCAACAAGCGACGUGGUUUGCUAGUGGAUCCAGGAGCAGCUUCCGGAUUGGUGGGCUCAGAGACCUUGCGAGACUUACUCGCCCAUUGCCCUCGCGACCAGGCCGAUGCUGUUCGCUGGGACAGAAGCAAGACCACAAAUGUCAGUGGCAUCAGCGGCAACGCCGACACCACCCUCGGCGAGGUUGAGGUUCCUCUGACCCUUGCGGGCGCCGAGGCCACCUACAAGGCCGAUGUUCUUGGUGGUGAAGGAUCACUGUGCCCAGCUCUUCUGUCCAACCCAGCACUACGUCGACAGCGAGCAGCCAUUCUCACCAAUAGGUUUUGCAAUGGUGACGGUGCCUUGGUUGUUCAGACCGAGAAGGGCGAAGCGCAUGUCAUGUGCAUUUUGCUCACCGACUCCGGGCACUACUUGCUGCCCACCGAUGAGGCAAACCUCGUGGCCGAGAAGGAGAACAAGGAUGUGCAAGUUCAGUUGUCAUGUUGGACACGGGAGAUCGCGGACCGCUGGGAUGAUGUGAGGCCUGAGAUCAGACACUGCUUCCUACAGCGGCCGAUCUCCGACCAGGAGCGUGAGCGGUACCACAUCCACUACAAGCAGAACGAGAACGAUGAGACCAAUGCGACUCCGAGUUCACAAACGACGGCCACGCUCCCCACCAGUUGCUGCUGCGACAGUUUCAAGAAGCCUUCUCUCCAGACCAUUUGUUUGCAGCACCGAACUGUGGUCCGUGGUCAGUGGCUACAGCAGGAGUCGACCCAGGAAAGCGACAGGCCAACCGCUGUGCUGAGCUGCCUACUUUGGAGUUCCUGCAAGAGGCAUGUUUGUGGCAGCACAAUGAAGGGCAUCAACAAGCAACACCUGGACCAAUGCAUGCUGGGUGCUGUUGAUAAACAUGGCCGACCGGUCUUUGGUCACAAAUCUUAUGUGGAGCUUGUCAUCCAGUACUGCCCUGGCCUCACCUCAGCAGACGAGGCGCAUCUGCGAGGGCUGCAAGUACAGCUUCUGGAUUGGCGAUGGGAAUCAAUCGAGUUUAUUGCCAAGUUUUGGCUUCGUGCGAUUCCCAUUCUCCGUGAUAAGUGGUCCGAUGAGUCAUCGCUCGGCCACACGGAGAUUGAUCUGGCCAAGACCAUCGGGUCAGCUUUGCGGUCCGAGCGAAACGAGGUCAUGACUCUUUGGACGUGUUCGUUGAGCGGCACCCUUGGUGAAUGUGCUCGAUGGUUGGAGGGUUGCUUCUGCCACGAAAAAACCAUUGCCUUCAGAGGCAAACGGAAAAGGUCGUCUGCUGCAGGACUGGGCCAGCAUUGCCCGUGGAAAGGCAAACGGCUGUGCAGCCUGGCUUGGCAGGGAGGGGGCUGCUUCGUGAGCAGAAUGGAGGGCCCGGAUGGCGAGCUGGCUGGUGGCUCACAGGAGUUUCAGCAGAGAAUGCUGACAUGCUCACCAGAGCUGAGUGGCAGGAUGGUGGAGUUGAACAGCUGGAUUCUGGUGCAUCUCAAAACCGUCCUCGACUCAAAGUUUGCCUGGUGCACCCGGCUGCCAUUUAAGAUUGCAGGAACUUUCAGAUUGUAUGUCGACAAAGAGCUUCUCGAGGUCACUGCUUUUGUGCGUUCUUGCUUUGAAGAGUUUCGAGCAGCCAAUGAGAUGGAUUUGGUGAGCCGGGAUCUCUUUGGCAGGGAGACAGCAGAAAGCAAAGAGCUCUGGGAAUUCUGCAUGCAAGACGAGCGCACAGAGAAUCUUCGAUCUUUGGAAUGCUUCCCUCAUGCCUUUGUUGCCGUGCAAGAACGAGCAUUCACUCCACUUGCUGAGCGACAUCUGGAAAGUCAGCACAAAGGGAUAAAGUGGGCACUGCAGAGGGGUUUCAAGAAAGCAAUGCCAGCCACCACCUGCGCCAGACAGCGUAGACAGCAGGUUCUCGCCAUGCUGAAAUCUCCAGCCGAAAAGGAAUUUGUUAUCCUGAAUUUCAGAACUCGCAGCAUGUGGCCGGACCUGCUUGGACACGUGGUAGCCCCGGCCGACAUUGCAAAGAUGUCCUUGGCCCAAAAGCUUGCACGUUGCUACUGCUUUUCCCAGGAAGAUCAUUUUGCGGAGACACCUGAGGAUGAUGAUGCAGCAGCAGCUUUCUUGAGGGCUCUAGCGGGGCAAGCCAGGCCAGAGGUCACCUUGACUGCUGACAUGCGACAGUGGGUCUCUUUUCUGAAGCAACAGCUGGGCAACGGUGUCCUGUGCACCUUCCCAUCAGAUCUCUUUGAGCUCUUGACAUCAGACCCAGAGUAUCAGGAGGAGAUUGAGGAUGCGGACAGCCCUAGCUUUGAAUUGGACAACAAGACUUUGAAAGCUGGCUUGGGAGAGCAAGAGAUGGAACUCCCUGAUUUCACAUCCGAGGCUUUUGUUUUCUGUCAAGUUGUUGAUGCCCGGCCAGAGAACCGUGCCAAGGUGAAGCAAGGCACAGCAGAAAGCAGCAACCGAACCACAAUGCUGGUGCAGGAGUUUCCACGUGUGAAGUGGCUGCAAAAACAGGCUCCAGAUCCCAGGGUUGAGGUGAGCAAGCAAGAUGCAAGGACUGUUCUGUUACAGCUGGAAAGAGCCUGCUCUGAAGACAUAUUUGUGCGGAUGAUGCGGGAGGUUUGUGUGUGGAGCUGCGAAAAUGCAGGCAGAGCAAUGGAGCUUUGUGGGAUCGCCGCAGAGCCAGGAGAGGUAGCUGACAUUUUCGAGGUUGAGGAUGCGAGACUUCCUCGCUUGUUGGACGAUGAGGCAAGCCUGGAAGCACUCAUGCAUCAGGCCAAUGCUGUUGUUCCUGAGCCUGGGCCCCAGCAAGUGGUUGUGCAGGCAGCAGGCAUCAAUCUGAGCGAGAUUGAACAAGAGGCUGCAGUUGCUGUGCUGAAUGCUGGAGCUGUGGGCUCGACGGCAGUCCCUGUUGCGAGUGUCACCAGCGCCAGAGUAAGUCUGGCAGUUGUGUUGCGGUUGGCCGAAAGGCGUGUUGUGCAAAUAUUCGAAGAUGACUUCGGCGAAUGGCUGGUGGACAUUGCAGCCCCUUUUCUCCUCCACAUGAGCCUGCGCUGGAAGCACCCAGCAGAGGAUAUGUCGUCCAUUUCUGGCCUCAGUCUUGAGCAGAUUUCGGGUUUUUUGGCCAGCCUGAAGCAGCCCAGAAAGAAGGCAGGCAGGAAGGCGAUCCAGAAUCCGAAUGAUGAAGAAAUGGAGGGAGCCUUGGAGCUUCCGGAGAGGUCUCACCGUGUGCAUAGUUUGGAGGAGUUGCGUGAGUAUCUGGCUGCCCAAGAGGAGCCGUCUGAACCGCUGUUGGGCAGACCAGACAUCAAAGCAUUGCCUCCUGUCAUGUCCAAGAUCCCGGGCCUGGACCAGGUCAAAGUUUACUUCGAUAAUUAUACUCAUCAAUCUGGCAGGCUGCGGGCCUUUUGCCAAUGCCCAAAGCAUGGCAAGAAGUGCAGACUUUAUGUUUUCGUAGAUGUUGAAGGGAAGGAUCGAAGUGUGGCCAAGCUGCUUGCUUGGGUAUCCAUGCCAGCAAAGGAUGCUGACUCUCACCUUGAACUGCGGCCAACUGCAGCCGAGAUUGAUGUAAUGGUUCAGCGGCAAGCCAUGGGACGGUCGACGUCGUCGUCGCCCUCGUACACGUACUACAGUUCCGAGGGGGAGGAUCCUCGGAAGAAGGCGGCUGAAGCCACGAAGAGAAAAAGUGGUGGCGAGAUGCGGAGCUCAAGCUCGGAACGAGAAGACAGAAAGCCGCCCGAGAGAAGGGAUGAGAAGGGAAAGGAGGAGGUGGAAGUAAGAAAGAGAGAUGAAAAAAAGAGAGCUGCGGCUGAGGCAGCUUCUUCCUCCAAGAGGAAACCGGAGGUGAAGGCGAUGCCAAAGAAGGCGAAGGCAAUGUCAGAUCCCCCUCCUGGGAUCUGGCCCCCGCCGGGACCAGACAGAGGCUGGGACCGUCACCAGAGCGACCAGCAGGACUGGGACCGCCGCCGGGACCAGCAGGACAGAGACCGCAGUCGCCGGGGUCUUGGUGGCGGCGGCGAUGAUGAUGACACAUGGGGCCGGGGCAAUGGCGGCCGUGGCCGUGGCGGUGGCAGCGGUGGCCGCGAUGGCUACCGUUCGUGGAGCCCGGUGACAGCGCCGCCAACAUGGCAAGGCGGCUACCAGGGCUAUCAUCAGUGGUGGCGCAAGCCGCAUGAAGAGCGGCAGGAGGAGGACGAUGGAGUCCACCUCCGUACAAGAGGUGAGGCUACCAUCCAGCGCAACUGGCUGCGGUGCAUGGCUUGCCACAAUUCUUUCAAGACGCAAUACAGCUACCAGCAGCACUACCAAGCAAAACACGCCAGCCAAGCGCCGCAGGCAGAGGAUGUGCCAGAGCCGGAAGUGGUCAAGGGCCGGCGCCGGAACCGCACCAGCCCAAGCGGCAGCCACGAAAGAAGCCGGCAGUGCCAGCUGACGUCCCGGACGUCCCCGAUAACAUGCCACUGCCAAAGCAGGGCCCAUCGCCACCAAGCGGCCCUAGGGUGCCUCGGCCUCAGCUAG